AUGGCUGCCUUCGAAGUGCGAGCAAUCGAAGGUAAAGGCAAUGGAAUCGUAGCGACCAAGAAUAUUCCGAGAGGURUCAUCAUUCUCACCGACAAACCCAUUCUAUCUGUCAGCGACGAUGCAAGCAACGAGGAUAUUGAAGCAGCCUUUGCAUGCUUGAGCAAGGAAGACCAAACAACAUUCCUCUCGCUGUACGAGUGGCGACCCGGGCAUCUGAAUGAGAGUAAAGCGGWACGAAUCUUCCACAGCAACGCAUUCGGCAAUGCUGGCACCGGCCGAUUCGUUCUACCUUUGGUCUCACGAAUCAAUCAUUCAUGUGUGCCGAACGCUGUAAUGGCGAACAUGACCUGCCAUGCUCAAAAGGACGUUGCAGCCGAAGAAGAAGUCCAGAUCUGCUACAGAGGAGACUGGGACGAGGUUCUCACCGCUUCCCAAAGGAACUUGAUGUUCAAGUAUCGAUACGGCUUUCAAUGCAAAUGCAAAGUCUGCCUUCCAUCCAAGCAUCGAUGGCUGAGUGAUCGGAGGAGGCUCCUCAUAGGUGCAGCUCGCUUCGCUCUCGAGGGACGGCAACCCGUGGACUUUGGUCAAAUCCUAAGUUUCGACAAAAGCCCUACCCUUGACGAGACCUUACGAGCGGCUUACUGGCCACCAAAGGUACCAAUAGUAUACCCGGUUCGCAACGCAAUGCAGAGAAUCGAGUACACUUUCCUUGUCGCAAAGCUGAGGGAGGCUGAAGGUGUGGAAGGACUGAGGACUGCUGAAGCAUAUUACAAUGCAAUAAGAAUGCUMAAUGAGUUACAGUAUGAGUAUGGGAAGAUGGGCGGAAUUCAGGGACACGGUUUGGUCUUCGUUGAAGCCGCUCGAUGCUGUGAUGCUUGGCUAAGGAAGGCGGUCGAGCAUGCCACGAAUGUCCAGGGUGGAAAGGGCGAGGUCACGAAGAUGUAUAGGACGCUGUUGAAAGAUGCAGAUUUUGGCGAUAUUCUCGUAGCGGCCGGAGAGGAUAGAUCAGGCGGUGAUCGGGCAAAGAAGUGCUAUUUGAUCACAUUGGAUCCUAUGGGGAAGCGCCUGCCUACAUUUCUGACAUUGCGCCAAAGCGAGGAAUUCUUCAAAGAUUGGGCUUGA